GGGGGAAGGAGCGACGGAAGCCGGGAGGCCGCUUCUGAGGUACUUGUCCCGUGUCCGAGCGUGCGUCGGGUCCGGCUCGUCGGGGUCGAGUGAUGGAGCGGUGGUGGUUGUCGUCGGCGACGGCGGGGUGGUCGGGCUGGGGCGGGACGUGGCGGGACGCCUGGGCGGGCUGGCCAGCCUGGGAGCUGCUGACUGCCUGCGCGGUGAUCGGCGCCCUGGGCUUGUUGCUGCGCCUGUGGGACAGGAGAGCCGGCGGCCGCGGAAGCCCCGAAGCUGGAGCAGGGGCGUCGUCGUCCUCUUCCAGCUCGACUCCUGCGCCUGAGGAGAACCCGAGAUGCCGUGGGAGCCGUCAAGGAGUAAUAACAAUGGAUAACAUAUUGUCACGACUGAAGCAGCUAACUCCUGAUGAGCUUAGAGAAGAAAUUGUCAAGGCGGGACAGAAAUGUGGUCCCAUUACACUAACCACUAGGUCAAUUUUUGAAAAAAGAUUGGCCCAAUCACUGUGGGAAGAGCAAGGAGAGCCAUCUGUUUCAAAUGGUGUUCCUGGAACUGCAGCAGCUGAUAACAGCCAGCUAGAAACAAGCAAACCUCCAGUGAAUCAAAAUGGUUAUGGAAGCUCCUCUGAAGAUGCUGAUUUUGGGUACAGUAUGGGUUUGAACCCACCAGAAGAGGAAGCCCUAAUGCACAAAGUUGGUCCUAGAUCCAUUGAUGAAACAACAGGAGUUGAUUCUUCAGCAAGUUCACAGACACUUUCUAAGGAACCUCAACAAUACUAUGGAGUAUGUCCAGUUUAUGAUGAUAUAUUGGCAAGAAAUGAGAGAGUGCAUGUGUAUGAGGAUAAAAAGGAAGCCUUGCAAGUUGUUAAAAUGAUAAAAGGCUCACGGUUUAAAGCUUUCUCAAACAGGGAAGAUGCAGAGAAAUUUGCCAAAGGGAUAUGUGAUUAUUUCCCAUCUCCAACCAAGGCUUCUUUAUCCUUGUCCCCUGUGAAAGUUUGCUCGGUUUUUAACAGAGAUGGGUUAUGCUCUCCUGAGAUGGAAGCAGUUAGUAAAGAGAGAGCCAACAGUUUUAAAAGUCCUCGUACGCAGGAUCUUACUGCCAAACUUCGGAAGGCUGUUGAAAAAGGAGAUGAAACUACAUUCUUGGAGCUCAUCUGGAGUAAUCCUCGCUAUCUCAUUGGUUCUGGUGACAACCCAACAAUUGUCCAGGAAGGCUGCAGAUACAACGUCAUGCAUGUGGCAGCCAAGGAGAACCAGCCUUCUAUCUGCCGGUUACUAUUGGACACUUUGGAAAAUCCUGAAUUUAUGCGGAUGAUGUAUCCAGAUGAUGACAUGAUCAUGUUGCAGAAGCGUAUCAGAUAUAUUGUUGAUCUCUAUCUUAAUACACCAGACAAAAUGGGUUUUGACACACCUUUGCAUUUUGCUUGCAAGUUUGGGAACUUAGAAAUGGUUAGUGUGCUCACCUCACACCCAGACAUUGAAAAGCACUCAAAGAACAAAUAUGAACAGACACCAGUAGACGUAAUUUGCGAGAGGAGCAAAAAUAAAUCUGUGGAUCUGAAAGAAAAAAUCAGGGAAUACUUGAAAGGUCAGUAUUACGUGCCACUCUUUCGAGCAGAAGAUAAUGCCUCAGCACCUGUGAUUGGAGCACCUUGGUCACCUGACCAGACAGAUGACAACCCACGUGAUGUUUUACCUAGAUAUACUGGCAGCCCUAAAGAUCCUGUGUUAACAGUGAGGGCUUAUGCCGGCCCAAUGAGCCCUUCCAAGGCAGACGACUUUCGCAGGCUUUGGAAGACUCCGCCUCGAGAGAGAGCAGGAUUUUUUCACAAUCUUAGAAAAUCUGAUCUGGAAAGAGGAGUUGAAAGAGUUGGAAGGGAGUUAGCUCAUGAACAGGGGUUCCCGUGGGUUGAAUACUGGGAAUUUCUGGGCUGUUUUGUUGAUCUGUCUUCCCAGGAGGGGUUACAAACUCUAGAAGAAUACCUGAACCAACAGGAAAUGAGUGAUAAAGCCCAGCAGGAAAUGGGAGAGAAUGAAACCCACAACAGAGGCAAAACUACACAACUUUCUGGCAAAGGUAAAAAAAGCUGCAAUUCCAUUUCUGUUGGAGCGUUUUUAGACGACGAUGACAUGAGCUUAGAAGAAGUGAAGAACAGGCAGAACGCAGCUCGGAACUACAGCCGAGCAACUGCAUCCAGUGAACCAACAAUCACAGAUAUUGAAGGUUCGGAGCGUGACAUCCUCUCCAUUGCACAUACAGGAGGGAUAAUACCGAUGGCAGACGUCUCCAAUGGGCCCCGUGAGAAUGGGGUUUCGGCCAGUAAAAACAGAUGUUGUAGUCCUGCAACAAGCGAUAGGACAAUAAGUGCUCACAGGAGGCAUCCCAGUCAAGAGGGAGAAGAUGGCCUUCCAUUGUCCGCCUCUAAUUUAAUGGAAGAAUUUGAUAAACUGGCUUGUCAGGACCAGACAGUGGGAGAUGACUGUUCGACAGGGAAGACAAGACCAGCCGAUUCAGAAAGUGAGGAGCGAUUUCAGUCGGAAAGUACGAGGCAGCUUAGGAAACACAGGGACAACCUGACUAAGGCAGGUGCUGCUGUUGGAAAGACGGAGGAUACAAAGAUGAGGACGGGAGAGAAGCUGCCACUAGAUGGAAGACCAUCAGCAGAAACCGAUGUCUGGAAUGGAGAAACAAAACAGUUUUGCAAUUCCGAACUGCAGCCUGAAAUGUCUGCAGGAUGCCACUUGAGGACUCCACCCUCAACUGAAAGAGCUAAGAAGCUGUUUCUCUUGGGUGAGAAGCCAUUGAAAUUGGACAACGAUGUGUUAACAGCUCUACAUGGAGUAGAGAUUGACCCACAAAGAUACCCUGCUGUUUAUAAGUGGACCACUUCGGUACAGUCCUACUCUCCUUCUGACCGGCAAAGUUGGCCAACUCCAGGACUGAAAAGUUGUUUCAAACGCCAGACAGUUCCAAGCCCACCUGGUGGUCCACUAUGUAGCCCCGGAAAGAACACUCUUGUAUUCAGUAGCCCUGGGAAGUACAGCACAGCUGCUGCCAAUUUCUCUCCAGAAUUUGUGAGUCCUGGACGGUACAGCCCGGCAUACGUAAACCACAUUCUGUUAUCCAAACUGCAUCACUUUUCAGGAGCAACAAGUCAUUAGAAUAGGAUGCUUUUUAUAACUAUGAAGUUUUUUGUUGUUGUUUUUUUAACUGAAGGAAAACUAAGGUGUUGAAACACUGACAUGGUACGUUUCUUUCUUCAUGGAGGAAGGGGCUGUCCACAGCGUAUGUCUUCAUUCCAGUUGGUAGAUAGCUUGUUGGUGACUUGUAGAUUAGUAACAGUUAUGUGUUAGUAAAGAGAGGGUCUCCUUCUGAAUAGUGGAACUAUCUCUAAACAUAAUCCUGGCUAGGACGGAGGGCCUUUUUGAAGAAGAACAACUUGUCACCAACUCUACUUGACCCUGAUUUCUCCACAUUCAUAACGUUUUCAUAGUAGCAGCAGUAGAAUACAGAGCACUCAAGAUACCACGGCGUAUGCUUACAUUAGUCUUCCAGUUGAGCUAAGAGAGAAAAAAGAAUGGCUUUUUUCCACCUCCUUGAAAAUCGAACUGUUCAUCAGUGUACACAGAUAAUGGAUUUAUGGACAACUGUUUAAUUAGAAUUAUCGUUGGUUAAAAAAACAACCAGCAGAUGAUCACUUAAGUGUCCUAUGCUGAAACUUAAGAAAAAUCUCAUGUUAGAAACUAAUGGUGAUGAGUUUUGCUUGAAUAGAUUCUUCUGCCCCCUAAUGCAUCUGCCGUGGGCGACUUCGCAGUUCCCAUAUGCAAUCAAUAUUAGCAAUAACAUUACAAAAAUUCCCCAGUGAUCUGUUGCGGUCUCCUUUAUUAUCCUUCUACAGGAACAAAGUCCUUUUGAACUGGUUUGUUCGAAAUGUCUAGAAUAGAUAACCGAAGGGUCCCAUUCGAACACUUCGUAAUUUCUCCGGGAGUUAAAGGUCCAGCAUUUUUAGGCAUGAGCCCAUAUCUAUUUUUGUUGUUGUAUUAAUGAGCCUUUCUAGCAGCGUAAUUCGGUAAUUGCACAUAAAUUCACUGUCAUGUGUACAUGUUAUCGAGAAUAUCUAGAAAGGGGCACUUUUUCCAUUGUAGUGCUUGGAGAGAAAGUGAUGGGGAAGGGAGAGAAUAUGACCCAGCUUGUAAUCAUUACUGUGUCAGCCACUGAAUUGAUGUCUUUCUUACAAGUGUCCUGACCCUUUUCUAUAAUGUUCGUAAAUGCCGGUGGGUUUUGGUACCAAAUCCCAGAACUACACUGAAGGCUCUUCCAAUUUUAUUAGUGCCUUUUGUAACAUAUUUUUAUGUUUAAGAACGUGCUAUUCCCUUCUGUGAGCACUUCAAUUAGUUGUAACUUUCCAACAUUUUGGGUGAAGUGUUUUUAAGCUCUUUUUUAUUGUUUGGAGGGGCUGUAAACAGCUUUGUGCUACUUUAGUAUAUUUAUUUUAAAUCAUAGGUUAUAUAGCUGGCCUACAUGUAAACUAAUGAAUGUAUCUGCAGUUUUAGAGUGGCCCUUUUAUUAUGAAUCAUUUCCUAAUGUUAAAUAAUUGAACAUGGUGCAAACUACUUUAGGGGUUUUUUUUUGGUUCUUUCUAGAUUUGCCUCUGAAUUAGCAAUCUCGUGUUUGGCCCUUGAGUAUCAAAACAGAUUGCAAGAGAGCUGCUGUCCAGAUAGACAGAAACCAACUUUUUGGGGAUUUCAUCUCUGCAAUAGUCUAAAAGGGGAGUUUCCCAAUAAUUCCUGGGAGGGGGACAUUGGAAUUUAAUUCCUAGAAACACCUUGUUUUGUUGUCAGAGCUAAUGAAUCCAAGGUUGAGUGAUUGGCUAGGGAGAACCAUUCUCCACUCUGCUUUGUAUCUUUGACAAAGAUGAAAAUAAACUAAGACAGUAAUGCUAUGUAUGGCCAACUGCUAAGCACGCUCAUGUGUCCUCUUACAACUGUGUCAACAAAUUGAAAAUGUUCACUUAGAAAUAUCAUCAGAACUUUGACAGAACAAACUUAAACUGAGAGUGUUUUGUUUUCUUCUUUGCCCUUGUGAUAUGUAUGCAUUUUUUUGUACUUAAGUGUAACUUUUGGCGCACAAACUCUGUUCACACUUGUAUGUUGGUGGGGAGGGGUCCAAAGGGUUGGUGUUAGAGUGAUAUUAAUGUGGCUAGAAUUCACAUUUGAGUCUUUUUGGUCAAUGAGUUACAUAACUUUUUAACCACCUUAUUAAAUUUGCUUAUUUAAACAAA